CUCCCUCAUCAGAGUAUCCGCAGUAUGUGUCCAUCCUAGAAAUCUUUUUUAGGCAUUAAGUAUUAAAAAAUACAAAGAUUCGAGGCAGGAAGAGGAGGAGGAGGAGGAAGUGGUGAGACGUAGGAGACGAAGCGGAGAAAAAUAAACACACAGCAGAACACCGAGUCAGCGACAUGGCCGGAAUCAAAGGUUACUCUUUGCUCGUUACAUUAGCCUUUGCAGGCUCUAUUGGUAUGACAUUUGUCAUACUAGGUUGUGCACUCCCAGCUUACAAAGUCUGGUGGCCAUUAAUGGUAGUAUUAUUUUAUUUAUUAUCUCCAGUACCCACAUUGUUAGCAAGGCGUUAUUCAGAAACCACAGGAUCUCCUAGUAGUGCAUAUUUAGAGUUAGCAAUAUUUGUAACCAUGGGAUUUGUUGUAUCGUCAUUUGCUCUUCCAAUUGUGUUAGCAAGAUCUCCAGAAAGUGAUCCAGUAAUAAAAGUUGGAGCAUGUUAUUUAACAUUAGCAGGCAAUGUUAUUGUUUACUUGACUAUUAUUGGAUUCUUCAUAGCAUUUGAUCAAGAAGAUUCAGACUACAGCAUGUGGUGAUGUGGUUGACAAUUGUACUUAUUUGUUAUGAUAAUUUACCUGAUCAAUGUGAAACGAGCGUUUCAAUUUCUGACAGACUGAUUGCUACAAUUUUUAUUCUAAAUAUAAAUAUACUAUACAAUUGUAAUACAUUACAUACACACGAGUUGGAUCGAUAUUUCUACUGUAUUCAGACUAUUUGUAUUGCCUCUCAAAUGAAUCAUAUACAAUGAGCAUUUUCAUAAAAAUAUUUGUACUGAACACUAAAACUUGCGAGAUAAAAAAAAAAAAACAAAACAACUAGCUUUAAAAAUGUUUUUGGAAAAAGUUUUCUGCAAUAAAAAAAUUUAAUUCCUAUCAUCAUUACUCAUUCAUUUGUCGUUGUACUUAUAAACUUACCCCCAUUGAUGAAAAUGUGAAAAAAAUAGUUCAUA